GGCCCCAAACAGCCACCCUGGAUCAAACUACUGUGGAACAGGGUCGUGUUGGGUAGGCAAAGUGUUCCCAGCGCUUGGACUCCCUUGGGGUCAACCAUGAUUCACAGCCUCUUCCUGAUUAACUCCUCAGGAGAUAUUUUUCUGGAGAAACACUGGAAAAGUGUUGUCAGCCGCUCUGUUUGUGACUACUUUUUUGAAGCUCAAGAGAGGGCUACAGAGGCAGAAAAUGUACCUCCGGUGAUCCCCACACCUCACCACUACCUCCUGAGUGUUUAUCGUCAUAAGAUCUUUUUCGUGGCAGUGAUUCAGACAGAAGUGCCGCCCCUAUUUGUCAUUGAGUUCUUACAUCGGGUUGUGGACACUUUCCAGGAUUAUUUUGGUGUCUGCUCGGAGGUGGUGAUCAAGGACAAUGUUGUGGUGGUUUAUGAGGUCCUAGAGGAGAUGCUGGACAAUGGAUUCCCAUUGGCUACUGAGUCCAAUAUCCUGAAGGAGCUGAUAAAACCCCCCACCAUCUUGCGAACGGUUGUCAACACAAUUACAGGAAGCACCAAUGUAGGUGACCAGCUCCCUACUGGACAGCUCUCAGUCGUACCCUGGCGACGGACUGGUGUGAAAUACACUAAUAAUGAGGCAUAUUUUGAUGUGAUUGAGGAGAUAGAUGCAAUCAUUGAUAAAUCAGGUUCUACAAUUACUGCUGAAAUCCAAGGGGUGAUUGAUGCUUGUGUUAAAUUGACUGGGAUGCCAGAUCUCACCCUCUCUUUCAUGAACCCUCGGUUACUGGAUGAUGUCAGCUUUCAUCCAUGUGUGCGUUUCAAGCGCUGGGAGUCAGAGCGGAUCCUCUCUUUCAUCCCACCAGAUGGAAAUUUUCGAUUGCUCUCCUAUCAUGUCAGCGCUCAGAACUUGGUGGCAAUUCCUGUCUAUGUCAAACACAACAUAAAUUUCCGUGACAGCAGCUCGUUGGGACGGUUUGAGAUCACUGUGGGUCCCAAGCAGACUAUGGGAAAGACUGUAGAGGGGGUGAUGGUCACCAGCCAGAUGCCAAAAGGGGUCUUGAACAUGAGCCUCACCCCCUCGCAGGGAAUUCACACGUUUGAUCCAGUUACAAAGUUGCUCUCGUGGGAUGUUGGGAAAAUAAACCCUCAGAAGCUGCCGAGUCUGAAGGGGACUAUGAGCCUUCAAGCCGGCACAUCAAAGCCCGAUGAGAAUCCCACCAUCAACCUGCAGUUUAAAAUUCAGCAGCUGGCUAUCUCUGGGCUGAAAGUGAAUCGCCUGGACAUGUAUGGGGAGAAGUACAAACCAUUCAAGGGCAUAAAAUACAUGACCAAGGCUGGCAAGUUCCAAGUCCGAACUUAGAGCCCAAGAGUGAGGGAAGAACCACAAGCACUUUCUCAUUUCCUGUGUACCCAGUUGUUGGAUGCAGCCUCUGCCCACUAUCAACCCCGAGGGCUGGACCCUUGCUUUGUUCUAGGUCCUCCAGUGAUGCCAAUGCCCAGGUGGAUUGGGAGUGGCAGAGCAGGACUGACCUGAAACCAUAUCAACUUUAGCUGAGGAGUCUUAAGUUCUCAGGUGGGGGCAGAGGAAAAUAAGAGAAAUGUUCCAGUUCCGGGGCUGCGGGUUCAGAUACAUCACCUCACUCCUCACCACUUUCAACCUGCUUGUCUACUCCCCUUAAGAGCCCCGUGCAUUGCUAGGUUGGGUGGCAUUUCUAUGCAGAUCAAACAAGGAUCACGUAAAGAAGUUGGAUUGAAAGUUUAGUGGUUUAGAAUUUACUCCUCUCCCUAACUGGCCUCAAUUGCUGUGGGACCUGAUAUAUACAUUGAAGAGGCAAAGGGAGAUGGAGGCAUCUCUUCUAGAGGUGGGAAGGAGCCUGUUCAGAGGGUGCACGAGAGGAGUAGGGAGGAGGCUGGAAGAGUGAACCUGGUUAUCUCUUACUGAGAAAACGCUCCUUGAGUCUUCAAGGGUAGACUGGAAAUUCCCAGCUAAACCUAGCCUUGUGCCCUGCCAAGACCUGACUGGAGCAGGGGUUACCUUGUGAUGUCUGGAAGAUGGGGCUCUCUAAACGUGCUUACCAUCAUGAGACUGCCUUUCUUCUCUAUUCAGUUUUUUUGGGGGGGAGAAGGGGGGAUUUCUCUUGGUUCCCUUGUUGGGGUUGUGAGGACAGUUGUAUAUACUAUUAUUUAAGCAUCUGUAUGAAGUGAUGUCUAUUGGAUGGCAACUGUAAUUGCAUCUGAAUGAAGAGGCGAGGCUGUGUCCUGAUAGAGUGUGGGAGUGAUUCUUGUCUGUCCCAAUCUCUAAUAAUGUCUGUGUUCAUUCUUCUGCUGCUCGCUGCUGUGUUCAUUCAAGGUCCUGUGUUCUGGUAUCUGCACGAUGUUCCUGCUGUAUUGCCUGAUUCCACUCCCUGCCUCGCAGUUCUGGUGAGCACUGGCCUCCAUUGUCAUUCCUCUGGGCUGUCCUAUGAAAGACUGCCACAUUUGUUCCUGUCCCAGCCUAUACUGCACUGCACUGCAUUGCAUUGCACAGAGUAGACCUGGACAGCGCAUGUAGCUCCAUGGUGCCCAUGUGUUCUUUGGCCAUUGGAUAUCAUGUGUGCUCUUCUCGGGUAGCAAAACAUGCCUGUAGACCACUGUGCAUAUGACUACAUAACCGAGCACACCUAAUGUGAGUGAGUGAGUGAGAGAGAGCGCGAGCAAACAGAGCAACACCCACUGUGGGAUAACAUGCAUUCUACUCUGAUCUGUGUGUGAUAGGUGCUUGUACUGGGUGAGUGCUCCUCAUUUUGGAAUUACACAGUGUUGUGCAACUAAUAUGAAUUGUGCUGUAGGGUGCCCUAGGAUCCGAGCAUGCUCAAUGCAAAUAUAACAGUUCUGCCCAGGUAUCAAUAAAGGUCAAUUUUAUCUGUA